CGAUCCCAUUAUUGUCACAACGCCGGUGACCAGCUGUCGAGGCUGCACAAGGAACAGGUGAUCUUUCUUCUUGCCCUUCAGGACUAGUGGUCGCACCUGCGAGCCGGACCCGACUGCUGUCGCAGAACUGAGAAGACCCGGACAAUUAGCCUGUGGAUCGGGAGAACCCACAUCUCAGUCUGAAAACUUCUACUUCGAACACUCGACCAAUGGUUACGGCAGACAACCUGAAUCUCGACGUUCUCGAGUUAAUUUUCACAUUCAUCUCUGGAAAUGAUCUCGUUGCUGUCUCGUCUGUUAGCAAGUCGUUCCUCGCUGGCGUUAUUCCGUGUUUGUAUGCCACAGUCUCUUUCACCGCAAAGCAUGCCAAACGAUAUAGGCCCGAAGGAGGAAUAAUAUCACCAUUCCUCACCCUUUGCAAUCACCCUGAUCUAGCUGUCCAUGUUCGUCACAUUGACAUACAUUGUGCACCGUUCAUCGCGGUUGGACAAGUGCAUCCGAAAUUCCUGUCGGAAACUGCAGACGCACUGGAGGCUUGCAAAAACCUAACAUCAUUUGUGUGUGUGCCGAGGAUCCUCCCAGCCCUGCUCGUCUCCCUACAGGGGAAGGAGCGCUUGCAGGAUGUGCACAUCUAUGCUGCGCUCACAACGACGCAAGGGGAGAUGCUACAAAGAAUCACAACGCUACGAAGCAUGACUCUGGACUACCCGACCUGGAACGUUGUAGAUUCGCUGACAAGAUGGGCGCAGUCGUUACAACGGACACUUUCGCACCUCACAAUCUUUAUGUCCCAAGAAGUGAAUGGCAUGCUUUUGGAAGCCUUGCUUCCUCUACUGCCUCGUCUUCGUGGGUUGCACGUCAUUGGAUGUUCAAAGGCUCCUCAUGCGGUGGUCAUCAAAGCUGCCACAACGCACACCCCGUUGUUGAAGGAAUUUUCUUUCACUAUAUUCGAAAAUCCCCCUCCACCAAGUCUUUUUUGCCCACCUGUUAUCACCUUACCCAGCCUGCGACAUCUCGCCAUUGACGUGCGCCCAACAUCCGAUGUAACAGCUGUGACAUUUUCAUCGCUCUUUGUUUCACUAACCUCCCUGUCUACACUUGUGCUCAAGUUUGCGGAUCGUCAGCUCCCAAUAUGGAACUCUGUCAUUGAUCUCAUUGCUCCGUCUAACGGCAUCACAAUGCCUUUGAAACGUCUCGCUCUCAUGGACUGUGCAGUCUCAAUCGACAUGGUUGCAAAGCUAAGCUCGAGGUGCAAAGAUCUGGAAAUGCUGGAAAUACCGCUGCCAAUCAAAGACAUUCAAGCCUUUACUACAGCAAUAUCAUGUUUGAAAGAAUUGCACACAUUAACCGAUGUUGGGGAUGCCCACGCAAGCCACGGCCCGCGUGCGACCUUGUCAAGAAAUGACGUGAGAUACAUGAUGCAGGAGUGCGUGAAUUUGAAGACGAUAGUGAGUGAUGGGCGGAUGUGGACGGGACGUAAUUUUUUCCUCGGUAUAACGGUCACGCCCCAGCGGUACAAGGCCAAUGCCACACAACAUUGGUUUUCCCCAUCAAAAGAAGAUUCAUAUCCGAGUUAAUUGUUGCUGUUGUUCAUCAUGCUGAGAUCAGAUAACCACGCUUAUAAUCUACGACAUACUGGUAAUUGAUGUAGCCUGCUGAAGCAAUUCGUUUGAGUGCUGCAGCCUGCCACUGAUGAGAGUUUCUUGUAUCUGCGCCGCGUCAGAUUAAAUGUCUC